AUGCAUCUACUCGGAGCAUACUCGCUGCUCCUAGCAGCCGCGUCCUGCGCCUCGGCAGUGCGGACCAUAAUCCCCAAAACGAGCUUCGACUCGCAGGCCAACUUCGACGCGGACUGGGCGUACAACUACCCGUGGGGGACGGACCACAACGGCGGCGCGCGCAUGGACAAGGGCCAAGUCAAGUUCUCGAACGGGAUGGCGACUCUAACGGCGAAGAAAGUCACGGGCCAGAAGGACGCCACGCACGGCGGCAAGCAGAUCAAGAUCAACUACCUGUCGGGCGCGAUCAGCGCCAAGGAGCACUUCACCGUCGCGCGCGGCGGCGGGUACGACUUCUCGGGCGAGUUCAAGGCCACCACCGCCAAGGGCACCUGGCCCGCCUUCUGGCUGACCGCCGUCGAGGGCUGGCCGCCCGAGAUCGACAUGGCCGAGUGGAAGGGCUCCGGCAAGAUCUCCUUCAACACCUUCAACACCUCCUCCGUCCUCUCCUGGAAGGACGUCAACUACGCCACCCCGGACCAGUUCCACUCCAUCAAGUGCGAGGUCCGCGACAUCAAUCAGCGCGACGUCUCUGUCAAGUUCUACAUGGACGGCUCGCUCGUCACGACGCAGGUCGGAGGGAACUUCUUCGGCAAGGCGAUGUAUCUGAUUAUCAACUUGCAAAUGGAGGGUUCAUCCGGAUCUCCAGGCCCUAGCAGCGACACGCUGUACCAGGUGCGAAACCUAGAGGUAUUAAGCUAUAACCCGUAG